CACCGUGGGCGGUUCUGUAGAGCUGGAGGUGGGGCCGCUCCGCUUUGAUGUGCGCUGCGCCGCUCCAGACUGGUGGGGAUGGAGCUGUGUCGGCUGAUCGAACAGAUCGAGAGCGAGGAUCAAGAUAUAGUGCUUGCAGCGCUCCAACUUCAUAACACGGAGAAUUCUCAACGUUUCCUGUUUGAUGUGGAGGAUAGAGAACUAAGACAGAAACUCGGCAAGUUGGUGAUCAAGUUUUUGGAGCGAGAUUUGCAGCCAGCGUGCCAGGUGGCUUGUUUGGGAACUGUGCGCAUUCUAUCCCGGGACAAGAACAACCUGAGGCCAUUCACCACCAGGGAAGCCAUGCAAACCCUGGCCAGACACGCUGGAAUUGAUUAUAGUGAAGAGCGCAUGGAUGGGAUGCCUGAUGUUGAUGUGAUAGUUGAGGCUCUGAAAUGCCUCUGCAAUGUGGUGUUCAACAGUCCUACCGCACAAGCGAUCAGUGCAGAAAGCUGCAUGGUGCUUGGUCUCACUGAGCGACUUAAACUUUACAAUGGGAAGAACCUGACGCAUGAUAUCAAAUUUUUUGAUUGCCGCCUGCUCUUUCUCCUCACGGCUCUGAGGCUGGACGUCCGCAGGCAGCUGGGUCAUGAGCUGCGUGGUGUGAGUCUGCUGACUGAUGCUCUGGAGAGCACACUGAGUGUCAGGUGGUCAGACACAUAUGAGGUGGCCACUGAUGGACCCCCACUGGCCCGUCAGCAAACUGACUGUGCAAUGGAAAUCCUGAAGAUCCUCUUCAACAUCACUUUUGACUUGAACAAAAGAGAAGUGGAUGAGGAAGAUGCUGCUCUCUAUCGCCAUCUUGUGGCCAUUCUGCGACACUGCCUUCUUGUCAAAGCUGAUGGAGAGGACAGAACGGAGGAACUGCACAGUCACACGGUGAACCUGUUGGGGAAUCUGCCACUGAUGUGCUUGGAUGUCCUGCUCACACCCAGAGUUCAGCUGGGCUCGGUUGAAUAUCUAGGAAUGAACAUGGAUGCUGUCAAUUUGCUUUUAGAAUUCUUGGAGAAGAGAUUGGAUCGGGGUCACAAACUGAGGGAAACACUGAUCCCUGCACUCAACUUACUAACAGAGAGUGCCCGGGCACACCGAGAGACCAGGAAAUUCCUCCGCAUGCGGGUCCUCCCUCCACUUCGUGAUGUACAAACACGACCUGAAGUGGGAAACUUACUCCGAAACAAACUUGUUCGUCUGAUGACUCACAUCGACACAGAUCUGAAGCACUGUGCUGCUGAGUUUCUCUUUGUUCUGUGUAAGGAAAGUGUGGCAAGGUUUGUUAAAUACACUGGCUACGGAAAUGCAGCUGGUCUGCUCGCUGCUCGAGGACUGAUGGGAGGUCGGACAGUAGAGGGAAUGUAUUCCGAGGAUGAAGACACGGACACUGAAGAGUAUAAAGAAGCCAAACCCCACAUCAAUCCUGUAACUGGUCGAGUGGAGGAGAGGGCUGUGAAUCCCAUGGAUGAAAUGACAGACGAGCAGAAGGAAUAUGAGGCCAUGAAACUGUUUAACAUGUUUGACAAGCUAUCCAGGGAGCAGAUAAUUCAGCCAAUGGGAGUGACGCCAGACGGGAAACUAGCUCCUUUGGAAGAGAUGAUGCAGCACAUGGUGGAAGUGCAAGAGACAUCAGACUCUGACUCUGAUUCAGACUGAAACAGCUGAGUGAGAGAAUGUCUGUGGAGGUGACUGACUGCUCAAUGAGUUUUGUCACUGUUAGUUUCCAUGCUGGUAGAUAUGUGACUGGUAGCUUAGUGUAGUCUGUUGUCCCAGUAAAGGGUUCUGGGGCGUCAUGGACAGGCCUGAAGUCUUAACAUGUUUUGUUGAGAGUACUGAGGUGCCUCCAAAUAUCUAAAUGCUCAUAACUGUUGAGGUAACUCUUCCAUCAGAGCAAUAAAAUUACACUAUAUGGUGAAUAUUUAUAAUUAUUUUGUGAAAGAAUUUUUGUCAAUGAACAAACAUUGAUAGGUUAUCAAUGUUAAGCAAAGAAUAAAUAUAGCUGGCAUCCUCACCGUUAGCUUCCGAAACUUUUGCCAGUGGUAUAGGUACCAACCCAGCUGGUUGGUCUGGAAUGUGGCCCUCUGAACGGAUGCUGCCCCCCCCCCCCCACCCCACUGUAGGUGUCUUGCCAACCCAGCCAACUGUCCAGCAUAAAACCCCUCACAACUGGACAUUGUACCAACUGGCCAUUAGUCUGGCAUGAGCCACGUUGGCCAUUGGUUCUGUUUGCAACCUUACGUCUAGUCUGACCCCUGAUGCCUUUCCGAAUUCCUAAUGAGACAAGGCCAUCUAUCUCCGCUGCCUUACAUCCUCCCGCGCCCCCCAUCUGUCCCCAUUCUCUCAACCUCCCCACCCUUUAAUAAGGAGAAUAAACUUUCUCCAGGUUCCUGGUCUGUCACAUUUUAUUCUAGCUUUUAAAUUAAUAAUUUAUCAUAAUGUUUAAAGAAUGGGAGGAUACUGAACUCACCAAGAACAAGUAUAGGUGAUGAACUGAAUAGCCAGCAUCUGUGCUGAAUUUUCCAUUAUGUGAUGCGUGUCUGUUGUGAAAUAUUGAUAGAGGAAAUUAACAGGUAAUAAAAUCCCAAUUGAUUUUCAUCAGAUGGCCUGAGAGUCAGCAUGUCAGAAUGCAGCAUAUACCAGAGACUGACUCCUUUUCUAGGAAAAGAUAUCUAGUCUAUUCUUAAUCUUAAUACAUCCCCUAUCUGUGCAACCGGAAUAAUCCAUUAAUAAGGACUGUAUCAAGCCCAAUCAUUACUUGAUUAACCUCUAUAAAAUCUGUGUACACUUGGAGGAAAAAUAUACAAGAACCUUGAGCCUGUCUUUUCAGUUGCAUCCGCAAUCCACUGAAGUAUUGAAUUCCCUUCGAUUGAAGAAAUUUCUCCAUAUCUCAGUCCUAAAUAAUCAGUCCCUUAUCCUGAAACUGUGCCAGCUUGUUCUGGAUAACCUAGCUAGGGGAAACAACCUCUCCAUGUCUCCUCUGUUAGCCCCUAUAGAAUUUUAUAUGUUUCAAUGAGGUCAUUUCUCAAUCUUCUAAACUUUAGAACAUAUAGGUCUAAUUCACUCAUAUUCUCAAGGUCGGACAACCUUUUCAUCCUGGAACCUUUAGUGAACCUUUACUCUCCUGCCUCCAAUGCAAGUAUUCCUUUGUCUAGAUACAGAGACCAAAACUGCAGAACAUUUCAGGUGUGGACUCAGCAAAUCCCAUUCAUUUGUAACAAGACUUUUCUAUCCAUUGCAAGAAAAGGCAUUGUGCUGUUUGCUUUCCUAAUUGCUUGCUGCAUGCCAAUCUAUUGUGUUCCUUAGAUAAGUACACUCCCAUUUCUCUGAACAUCAACAUUUAGAAGUUUCCCACCUUUUGAAAAAAUAUUUCUUCUAUUCUUACGGCCAAAGUGAAUCAUCUCACAACACAUUAUAUUUCAUUUGUGGGUUUGUUGUCCAAUCACUUAACGUGCCUGUAUUUCUUUGCAACCUGUUUAUGUCUUCCUCACAGCUUUGAUUACCACCUAACUUUGUAGCAUCAGCAAAAUCUUCUGACACAUUUCUCUCUGUCUCUUCAUUUGUCAUUGAUACAGAUUGUGAAUUGCUGAGGCCCCAGCAUUGACCCUUGCAGCACACCACAAAUUACAGCCUGCCAACUUGAAAAUUCUCCAUUUAUACUUACUCUUUUAUGCUGCCAUUAACCAGUCCUAUAUUUGGGAUAAUAUACUACAUCCAAUUUUGAGUCCAUUAACCUUUGUGUGGCACUCUAUUGAAUGCCUUUUGGAAAUCCAAGUAUACUAUAUCCACUGGUUUCUGUUUAUCUGCCAUACUAAUUCUGCCCUUUAAAAAUUUCUAAUGAAUUUGUCAAACAGGAUUUCCCUUUUGUAGAACCAUGUUGACUUGUUCUAAUCAUACAAUGCUUUUCUUAGUGCAGUAAGACUUCCUUAAUAAUAGAUUCCAUCACUUUUCUGAUGAUGGAUGUCAAGCUGACUGGCCUGUACUUCCUUGUUUUCUCUCUCUAACCUUUCCUGAGCAGUGGUGAUAGGCUUGCUGACUUCCAGAAUGUAGGGAAUUUUGGAAAAUCAUAGCCAUUAGUGUGAUGUGAUCUAAACUCAUGGCUUUGAAACUGAUAAUUGCAUAUCCUCUAGGUUAGCACAGUAUAGAUCAAUGGGAGUAAGUGAUGUCCUUGUGUUUUGAAGCAAGAUCUGUCCUAUCCAGAUAGAAGAUACAUAGAGGUUCUCCAGUAUCCCAGAACAUGGGUGGCAGUUGGGUAAUUGAGGGAUUGUAAGGUGAGAAAUAGCAAAGGAAGAACAUCUCUGAUAGACAUGGAGUACCUUUUCUUUACAGGACUCUGACUCUAUGACUCAUCUCUGUUCCAGCAGCAUGACAGUAGAAGCCUCUCACUCUAUCGCCCUGAUGCUGUCACUCCAUGCACCUCCACAAGCACCUGCCCAUUUUACACCUUCAGCCCGUCAAGAUGCUCUUCACUCCGCACACCUUCAGACUUGAUAAUUGUUUCAGUUAAAGACUUGGGGUACAUCACUGAAUUUCAAUUACAAGAGUUUUGAGUUUCCUUCUCUCUUUCCGCAUCCACAGAAUUGCAUUCUGACUCAGGCAAUGAUACCUGACAACAAGACAAACAGGAAUAAGGGAACUGUAAUGAACGUGGUUGAUAUGGACUUUUAGAAAUUAUUUUUAAGGUUCCUGUAAGAGAUAGAUGGGAAAGAUAUCAGCACCUGGAAUGAAUAGAAAUGUAGCACAUUGUCAGAUAAUUGGGUCAGAAUAAAGGGGAGAUUCUUGGCUGGGAAGAUAGUGAGAGAUAGUGCCCCAUGAAGAUUGUGGUUGGUUUCCUCUUACACAGUGAUGAUCUAGUCUUGGGAAUCGAGAAAAUAAUGCUCAAAAAUUUAGUGGUGUAGAUUGUACAAGAUUGUAGGCAAGCACAUAGAAAAAGAAUCUGGAAUUAAGGGUUUAAUGAUGAUGAUGAUGAAACAUUGUCGAUUGUCAGAAAAACCCACCUGGGUCACUAAUAUCCUUUGGGAAGGAAAU